AUGCUUGCGAUUUUCGUCUACAUGCACCCUGGCAUCAACUCUACACAUAAAAAAUUAAGAAACACGUCUCACUGGAGCCGCACCCACCCCAGCGUCGUGGGUGGCGGUGGUGGUGGCCCUGGCCCAGGCCCCGGCCGACUCGAUCUCGAUGGGCCUCAUUUCGAAGCCCGGGACCGGGUGGCCAGCCCGGUCCCUCCUCUCCUCCUCCUCCCGCUCCCACCCCCGCCGCUCCUCCUGGCGCUCCUGCUGCUCCUGCUGCUGUUGCUGCUCCUGCUCCCGCUGCUGGUCCUGCAGCUGCUCCUGGCGCCGGACCUACCGGCGCCAGAGAGCCACAACCCAUCCGGCUGGGAGGAUCGGGCCCAGCCAGACCCCCACGGCACCGACCCAGGUGCUGAUGUCUCCGCCGCCACCCCCGACGACGGCGGCCACCGUGACCGUGGCCGUGGCCGUUGUCGUCGUCGUCAUCGUCAUCAUCGUCGUCAUCGUCGUCACGACGCUCACAAUGGGAGCCAUUGUGCUGUUGCUGCUGCUGCUGCUGCUGUUGUUGUUGUUGUUGCUGCUUCUGUUGCUUCUGCUGUUGCUGCUGCUUCUGCUGCUGGGGUUGUUGCUGUUGUUUCUGCUGCUGCUGUUGUUACUGUUGCUGCUGCUGCUGCCCUGUCAGUGUGUAAUGUGGGGGUUGCCCUCACCAGCUCCUUCCACGCCCUCGACAGACAAGUGAGUACUCCGUAG